AGUGAAAGUAAACAGGGCAAACGCUCUUUAAAAAAUAUUAAAAUAUUUUAAAAGCUUCCUGAUGCAACAAAGUUAUAUACAAUAUUAGAAUGUUUAAAGGAGUGGACACGAAAGUCGCAGGAGUGAAACACAUGUUGCGGGAGCAGGCGUCGAUGAUCUAGAUGAGAUUCAUAGAGCGUCUGCAGUCCAUCCGGGACAAAAUAUCAGCACGUGCAGAGCUGCUGACCAGACCACAGUGUUUCUCAAGCAGUCAGCCACUUUCCCGUGGGGAGAUGGAUAUUGAAAAGGCUCUUUUUCAAAGCAGUGACCUCUACAGCUUCCUCACUGCCCUUUACCAUAGAGAGGAAGAGUCACCAGUCAGCCAGCAGGGGGCUACAUUCACCAGCGCAAUGGACCAUUUCUAUAAAGACUUUCCUGAAGACUACAAAAACAUUUUUGCUGAUAUUUCAGAGGCUUAUCUGAAACAAAAAUUUCACUGACAUCCAGUGUAAAUCACCAAGCCUUAAAACAGACCAAAUCACAAACUCACAGUCCAUGAUUCCAGCCCAAACAAAGACUGGGAACCAAGCCCUUUGUCUGACACUGUCAACCAACCUCAGUCUCAAGAAAAAUGCGUUAUACCUA